AUGUAUAAGACAGGUUGCCAUGGAUCAAGUUCAUCAUUGUGUCGGAGAGCCGCAAGGACACGAUGCUCCGACUACAACCUCCACAAGGUCACUGUUGUUGCUGGGUCCUCAACCAGGCACAGAUUUAUCUACAAUGGCAACAAGGCCAUUGCAGGUGUAUGCAGUGCACCAGAUGUUGUCUUGAUUCAUGACGCAGUUAGAAUAAUUGGUGAAGAAGAUCUCAUCCGAGACAUUGCCUUGGCUGCUCACAAACAUGGGGCAUCAGGCGUCACCCGACCCCUCAUAUCCACGGUGAUUGCGUCAGAUUCUGACGGGAUGUUGAUAGAGUCCUUGGACAAGAAGUCAAAGCUGAAAGAGCAGUUACUCCCGGUAGCCAUACUCGCCACCACUGGACAAGAUAUGUUAGUGGACACCCUUGAGAGACAGCUGUAUACUGCCUUGAGAUCUGAGCAGGUGAGAGUGACGUCAGAGAUAAUAACAAAGACUCUCAGUGAACAUCCCAACACCUUUGUCCACAUCCACUCCUCGUUGCCCAAUGUCUGGUCAGCUCUGAAUCCUGCCAACGAUGCCAAAUGUGACCAAGUGGGCGUAAAGCUGUCAACCCCAAACGGUUCGAGGGUUGGCUCCCUCAUCAGGACAGGGCACAGCUGUCAACCCCAAACGGUUCCAGGGUUGGCUCCCUCAUCAGGACAGGGCAGAGCUGUCAACCCCAAACGGUUCCAGGGUUGGCUCCCUCAUCAGGACAGGGCAGAGCUGUCAACCCCAAACGGUUCCAGGGUUGGCUCCCACAUUAGGACAGGGCACAGCUGUCAACCCCAAACGGUUCCAGGGUUGGCUCCCUCAUCAGGACAGCUAAGCGGUACGGUACCAGGGUUGGCUACCUCAUCAGGACAGACAGGCACAGCUGUCAACCCCAGGAAACGGUACGGUUCCAGGGUUGGGCUCCCUCAUCAGGACAGCUGUCCAACCCCAAACGGUUCCAGGGUUGGCUACCUCUCAUCAAGACAGGGCACAGCUGUCAAACCCAAACAGUUCCAGGGUUGGCUUCCUCAUCAGGACAGGGCAGAGCUGUCAACCCCAAACGGUACCAGGGUUGGCUCCCUCAUCAGGACAGGGCACAGCUGUCAAACCCAAACAGUUCCAGGGUUGGCUUCCUCAUCAGGACAGGGCAGAGCUGUCAACCCCAAACGGUUCGAGGGUUGGCUCCCUCAUCAGGACAGGGCACAGCUGUCAACCCCAAACGGUACCAGGGUUGGCUCCUUCAUCAGGACAGGGCACAGCUGUCAACCCCAAACGGUUCCAGGGUUGGCUCCCUCAUCAGGACAGGGCACAGCUGUCAACCCCAAACGGUACCAGGGUUGGCUCCUUCAUCAGGACAGCGAAACGGUUCCAGGGUUGACUACCUCAUCAGGACAGGGCACAGCUGUCAAACCCAAACGGUUCCAGGGUUGGCUCCCUCAUCAGGACAGUGAAACGGUUCCAGGGUUGGCUACCUCAUCAGGACAGGGCACAGCUGUCAAACCCAAACAGUUCCAGGGUUGGCUUCCUCAUCAGGACAGGGCAGAGCUGUCAACCCCAAACGGUUCGAGGGUUGGCUCCCUCAUCAGGACAGCGAAACAGUUCCAGGGUUGGCUACCUCAUCAGGACAGGGCAGAGCUGUCAACCCCAAACGGUUCGAGGGUUGGCUCCCUCAUCAGGACAGCGAAACAGUUCCAGGGUUGGCUACCUCAUCAGGACAGCGAAACGGUUCCAGGGUUGGCUACCUCAUCAGGACAGGGCAGAGCUGUCAACCCCAAACAGUUCCAGGGUUGGCUCCCUCAUCAGGACAGCGAAACGGUUCCAGGGUUGGCUUCCUCAUCAGGACAGCGAAACAGUUCCAGGGUUGGCUUCCUCAUCAGGACAGGGCAGAGCUGUCAACCCCAAACAGUUCCAGGGUUGGCUACCUCAUCAGGACAGCGAAACGGUUCCAGGGUUGGCUUCCUCAUCAGGACAGGGCAGAGCUGUCAACCCCAAACGGUUCCAGGGUUGGCUCCCUCAUCAGGACAGGGCACAGCUGUCAACCCCAAACGGUACCAGGGUUGGCUCCUUCAUCAGGACAGGGCACAGCUGUCAACCCCAAACGGUACCAGGGUUGGCUCCCUCAUCAGGACAGGGCACAGCUGUCAACCCCAAACGGUUCCAGGGUUGGCUCCCACAUUAGGACAGGGCACAGCUAUCAACCCCAAACGGUUCCAGGGUUGGCUACCUCAUCAGGACAGGGCACAGCUAUCAACCCCAAACAGUUUCAGGGUUGGCUCCCUCAUCAGGACAGGGCACAGCUGUCAACCCCAAACGGUUCCAGGGUUGGCUACCUCAUCAGGACAGGGCACAGCUGUCAACCCCAAACGGUUCCAGGGUUGGCUCCCUCAUCAGGACAGGGCACAGCUGUCAACCCCAAACGGUACCAGGGUUGGCUCCCUCAUCAGGACAGGGCACAGCUGUCAACCCCAAACGGUUCCAGGGUUGGCUACCUCAUCAGGACAGGGCAGAGCUGUCAACCCCAAACGGUACCAGGGUUGGCUCCCUCAUCAGGACAGGGCACAGCUGUCAACCCCAAACGGUACCAGGGUUGGCUCCCUCAUCAGGACAGGGCACAGCUGUCAACCCCAAACGGUACCAGGGUUGGCUCCCUCAUCAGGACAGGGCACAGCUGUCAAACCCAAAAGGUUCCAGGGUUGGCUCCCUCAUCAGGACAGGGCACAGCUGUCAACCCCAAACAGUUCCAGGGUUGGCUCCCUCAUCAGGACAGGGCACAGCUGUCAACCCCAAACGGUUCCAGGGUUGGCUCCCUCAUCAGGACAGGGCACAACCUUGGCUAGGGGGAUCUAG